GAAAUUAUUACCGCGCAACGGCAACACUGGCGGAAGUUAGCUUAUUCAUAAUAAGCUGGUCGUGUAGUGAGCUACUAAAAACAAUCGAUAAUAACGUAAUUGGAAAUAAAUUAUUAAUAGAAUAUAUAAAAGCUAUUUUUGGAAACCAAUUUAUAAUCAAUGAAAUACGCCGCCCACUCCAUUGGAAUUUCGAAAACAAUGUUUUACAAAGAAAAUAAAACUUGGCCUUGCGAAUGAAUCCAACCUUUGUUUUCUCUCCAUACAUACACACAAUACAGUCGUAAUUAUCAUAUGGAGCACAACAGCUUUGCAGACAAAAGACUUUCGAACAUCACCAACCCUCUUUGACGCAUUUGUUUUCUUAAUUGUAGUAAUUAGUGAGAGUGCAAUGACGUUAAAUUGAUCUCAGACCAAUUAGAAUUUUCCACCAGCGCACCAACUUACAAAGUUUAUACGGAGUAAUUUAAAAGAAAUCAGUAAAUUAAGAAGCAUAAAGAUGCCCUCACUACGUCAAAAGGUCACAACAUAUUUCCGUCAAUUAAGUUUUAUUGCUGAGCCACGCGAUAGCCCAAGAGGAGUGCGUAAAACUUCAGAUGAUGAUGGAAAUUUCAUUGUUAAAUAUUUAGAAGGACGCAUGGAACGUCAGUUUGUUCCUGGUCCUCAAAUUUCAAAUGGACAAAAUCCAACUGACUUGCCUGACCUGAAAAUUGGUGUCUAUUCGACUGGUCCCACCACUAUAACUGCCGCCUGUACAGGUCCUGAUGAGGGCCUUACUGGUAUCAAGCGCUCAAAAUUGCAUUUAAGUGCAAGUUAUGCAGACGAUAUAGAUUUCAUUGAUACUACUCAGGAAAAUGACUGCUUCGAGGUACGCAAAAGCAUCACCACGAAUAACCGAAAUCAAAAUAAAUUCAAUCGUUAUGGUGGUACGCCACGUAAAUUAAGUAACAGUGCCAUCACUACAAACAGCGAUCAAAAUGCAAAUAAGCCAGCGGGAAUGCGUUCACGCAAAAACUCUCGUACUAGUAUCGGAAAUGCAAAUAAAAUUACGAGCAACACACAUUCGGAAAACAUACCCAGCGAUGUAAACACGUCAAAGGUGUGUGAGACCACACCGAAACCAACAUUGACUAAUGCGGAUAGCAAAAAAACUACAGAAAAUGCAAACAAGUCCACAACAAUUGUAGUGAGCUUAGUGAGCACCAAAUUUACCACUAAUGAUGCAGCAAAUGAUCAAAACAACAAGAACAUAUUAAAUUCGUCUUUGACAGAUGGUAUAACAAAAGCGAAGGCAUUAACAACAACUGCAGAUAUUAAGGAUUCCAAAGAAAAUGAUACCAAGAAUACUUCCACAGAAGUUGGUAAUACCACAAAGGUAGUAUUAGAUAAUACGACAGAACGUUUACUUCGUGAAGCGGUUUCCAAUCAAAGUGAAGUGACUAGUUGCAAGGAAAUCAAUAACUUUAUGGGCGAUGCUAUUGCUGGCGUAUCUGACUGGCAUAUGGAAACUGAUUAUGCUUAUGGAAUUUCCGUGUCCCUGUAUGAAAACAACAUGUUAACAAAAGAGCCGAUGGGCAGCCCUAUAGCUGAUUGCUAUGGCAUAGUUGUGCGGGGCGAUGCAGCAGCCAUGGCACUUGCUGAUGGCGUUAAUUGGGGUGAUGGUGCACGCCUGGCAGCUCGCUCAGCUGUGCAUGGUUGCCUCGACUAUUUGGAUCGUGCUAUUUUCGGGCUCGCACGCGAGUGUAUGGCAACAGCCACCACGGAAGUAUUUGUAAGUCUUCUUCGUAGUUUAUGGGAAGGACACGGCUGCAUUCUCGAAGUGGGUGGUUCAUUAAGUACGCUAACAAUAGCCGUGAUACUACCACUAGCUGAUGAUGGUAAAUACGUUGUAUGCGCAUGCAAUGUUGGUGACUCAUUGGGUUAUAUAUAUUCGAAAAAAUAUGGCGUCCGCGAAUUUACACAAGCAUCACAUGAUAUAACGUCAAUGCGCGACAUGCGCGACGCAUUGGGCGCACUUGGUCCAGCCGAUGGCAAUAAACCUGAACUUGGCAAUUUAACACUAUCUAUGACGGUUAUUGAGAAGGGUGAUAUUGUAUUCUUAACAUCAGACGGUAUUAGCGACAAUUUCGAUCCAGUUGUGGGAAAAUUUGCUGAAGCUUGGACGCCAGAUGUAAAACUUAUGCCAAGCACUUCAGCACAAGGACAACAUCAUUUGGCACCAAAAAGACAAAAUAAAAGUGCUUCUUCUAUCUAUGCACGUCUACAUCAUGGACAUCACAAUCAAACUAGGAGCGAGACUGAAUCACUGCCAACAUCACCAGCUAAUGCACCAACGCGACCACCACGCACCAAAAAAUCACCAUCUCCGGAAGUAGUCAAUGUAAGUACGGCACCGAGUGCACCAAGUCGACCCAAAUAUAUGCGUUCGCAUACUGUGAUUGAACCAAGACGUCUUUCCACGGCUGGACCCACUACCGGGAGACAGCAGCAUAUUGCUCCCACCAUUUUACCAAAGAUACCAAAAUCAAUUUCGGGCCUUCCUUUAGUGACUGGACCACAAAGGCAUGCGCUCACACUCUACCGCCUAGAGGAUCUGCUGAGCUUUGGUAUAAAUGGCACAUUUUCGCCCUGUACAUCUGCUCGUCGACUGUGCCAUUUAUUAAUUGAUUUUGCUCGUAUGAUCACAUCGGCCCGUCGGAAGACACUGGAACAACGUGAACUAUUUUACAAGUUAGCAACGGGCCCGGAUGGCAUUAAACGUGAAGUCGAACUCAAUCGUAUGCAGCAUCGUGCGGCACGAAAACGUGUUGUAGACAGUAGUGCAUUCUCCGCUCUGCCGGGGAAGUUGGAUCAUGCUACCGUAGUGGCUUAUACAGUAGGAAUUGGACGCAAUAGUAGUACUCAUGAAGAUGACAGUAGCAAAAGUGAGCAAAUGAACGCUUCUACUUCAACUGCUGCUGCAGCCUUAUUGCAAUCAAAAAAUUUUAAUGAAACUAAUUUUUAAACAUUCUAUGAGAAUCACACAAUUUACCAUCACAAUAUACAUACAUAUAUA